AUGCAGUAUUUAUCAUUAUUUAUUGUAUUAACUUUUUGUAUAGGGUUUAUUUUAAGUGAUCAUUUAAAUAUAUUUCGCCAAGAUCAACAAAUACAAUCUUAUUAUGGUUACGUGCAUAAUCCAAGUCGAUUGCUUGUCUGCAUCAGUGAUGAUCCAAGAGAUGCAGUUAUUUGGAACAAUCAAAUAGAAUGGAAUCCAUCUUCUUCUGAUGAAGUGUACAACGAUGAUUUAACCGAUUUCGUAUUUCCUACUAAUAGAAGUAAUGAAGAAAAACUAUGUGAAAUUGACAUUGAAUCUUGGGAAUGUUUUUCUGAAUGGAAUCAUCAUUAUUUUCAAUGGAAUAAAACAUAUUCAUUUUAUGUACCCAUGGGUCCUGUUUACGAUAGUCGUUGGGAAAAUUUCAAAGAAUUCAGUAAGCUUGAUGAAACCGAUCUUAAUUUCAAUCCCGUAAAAAAUAAUAGAGAUCAAAAUUCUACGUACUUUUCAUUCCAUAAAAGUGGUGCUUUAGUUGUUUCAAUUCGAGGAUCAUCAAAUGCUCAAUUUUUAUUGUGCAAAAGUCAAAAUUACAGUACUUCUUUCUGUUACUGGGUGAUUAUCGGUGGUUGGGGUAAUACGAUUACUGCAAUUAGAAAAUGCGAGAAUGGAAUACCAUCAGGAUUGCCAGUCACUGGGUCAAAUUGUAGUAUCUUGAGAGCUUCUGUAACACAACACUUUCCACUUAAUGAAUUCGAAUGGAAGACAUUUAUAAUUGAUUGGGACCGUAAAAGUCAAACUAUUAAAUUAUAUAACCCAAACGAAUUAAUUUUAUCCUACACCGAUCCUGAUUUUACAUCGUCAAAUAAAGUUGAAAUUCAUUACGUAUUUUAUGGAAAUCCAGACCCUAAAAUUAAGAUGCUUUUCCGUUUCCACGAGUAUCACUAUAUUCUGACAAAUCAGCUUGAUGCUAAACUAACUAGUCCUCCAGUAAGUGCUGAUAACUCUCAUACAAUCUGUAUCGAUAUGUUAAUCGGUUUAUGUUCAGAAUGUGAGCUGCUUGUGAAUUUGGUUGAUGGAAACGGCACAAAACAGAUAACGGAACUCAUUACCAGAUCACCUGCUUACCAUAAUAUCCAACAUGAUCUGCCGACUUGGCAAUAUUUUCGAAUAAAUGCUUCCAAUGUUGAAAACUAUCCAAGUCCAAUUACAUUAGAGUUUAUUACAAAACUUUCAACCACUGGGAAUGAUAUAAAGCAUCACUGGGCUUUAACUCGAUUUGAAAAAUGCUUACCGAACCAAGCCGUUAAAACAAUAGCAGCAAAUGUUAUGAGCCUGAAUAAUUAUCCAUUUCUAUCCUGGCCAAAUGUGACGUGUCAAAGAUUUUCCUAUAAUAAGCAAAAUGAAGAAAUACUUAGCUCUAUUGCCAAUUUUUAUUACCCACCAGAAGAUUUUCUUCUUUGUCCAAAUUUUAGUUUUGGACCUCAUUGCGCAACACCUUGCAUAGCUUGCGACCGUGGAUCAUUUGGCUACGAGUGUCGAAAGUUAUGUAGUAAUUGCAUCGCCGAACGUUGUGAUGCAUAUGAUGGAAGAUGUGAUUCCGGGUGCAUUGAAUCUCCAGAUCGUUUUCACAUUCCUCCGUACUGUGAUAUUGUGAUUGAGUCACCACCAAGUCCUAGUGUCGAUCACAUUAAUGAGACAACAGUUCGAGUUUUUUUACCAGAAUUAAAUGAAUAUAAACACGUUAUAAUUUUAUUCAUAUUUGAAAUUGAGUCAGACACAGAAAACAGUCAAAGUAAAUUGGCAACAGAAGAAUAUAUAAACAUUAAUAACAUAGAAAAAAAAAUUUAUUCUGCUGUUUUUACAAAUUUAACUGUCGGCACAAAGUAUUCAGUGAGAUCAUUGUCAACUAUACAUUAUGAUGAAAAUCAAUACAAGCAUAUGGAAGGUGCAAGAAAAACUUUUUCAACAUCAUGCGAUUGGGAUUCAAAAUUUGAAAUAAAACCCGGAGAAAGAAGUAUAUUACUUGAACGAGUAUCUCAAAAGCAACACUCUCCAUGUGCUGAUAAUUGGUAUUCUGUAGAACUAGCAAUGGUUUCUUCCAGUACUAACAAAUCUUAUUCAAUUGAUAUAAAUCACAUACCCCAUAAGUUUCCGAUGUUAUUUUCAAAUUUGGCUCCAUAUACAGACUUCAAAAUUUGUAUUAGAAAUUUGGAUGUUAAAUUUAGCUAUUGUCAGCAAGUUCAAACAUUAGAAGCAGAACCAUCUGAAGUGGAACUGAUAAGACCUGACUCAGUGUAUGCAACCGAAGCAAUAAUCGAGUGGUUUCCUCCAAUAUUUCCAAACGGAAAAAUACUUGGAUAUAAUUUAACUAUUCAGGUAAGAAAACAUGCUGGAUGUGAAGAUAAUUUUUCGGUUACUCCUAAACACUUAAUAGACCCACGGACUGUAAUAAUAAAUGACUCUGAAACUUUUCGAAUGUCGUAUAAAUUUACUAAUUUAAUUCCGUAUGUCAUGUAUGAAAUUACGAUUCGUGCUUUUAAUACCAAAAUUGGAGUUGAAAGUAAAACACGCUUGGAUACUGAUCAGUUAGAAAUACCAACGGAGGUAUUUGAAGAUCUCGAAUUUGAAAAUGAUUUAAUAACAUGGAAAAAACCAUUAAAUUGUUCAACAAUCACAGGACCAAUUGUCGAUGCUCGAUUUCUUUUAGUGGGAUUGAGCCAGUCUGUUAAAAACUUUAGUUAUCAAAGUUUAGAAGGAGAAUUUACUGUGAAUUUAACAAAUAUUGAUGGGAUUUAUGGAUCAGAGCAAUAUCGUGCUCGGGUUUAUGUUCUUCAUUAUCCAAAACGAUUACACAAUGAAACGGCUUACGCAGAAAUAUCGUUUGUCACUAAUCCACGUCCUCCACCAAAAGUGGAAAUGUUGGAGAUCGUUGAAGUUAAUCAACAGGAACAAACAUUGAAAUUGCGGUGGAAAAAACCUACACCGCCAACGAAUGGAGAAAUUAUUUAUUAUGCUAUUAGAUUUUCUGGAAUAAAUAUUGAAACUACUGACAUUGCUUAUGUUUAUCCCAAUGAAACAUGUCAAUUGUGGACAGAUUUAAUUUGUGCAGUAAUUAAGCAACCCUUUGGAACUCGCGAAUUCAUUGAGGUGAGAGCUUACAAUAAAGACGUAAAUAAAGCUGGUGAUGUAAAUACAGUUGAAUAUCAACAUCAUGAAGGAGCACCAAGCUUACCUGAAUUAAUUUCAAUCAACGAAAUAGAUAAAGGUGUAAUUGAUAUACAAUGGAAACAUCCUUACAUUACUGGAGGGCCUUUAAAGAGUUUUAUGAUUAAUGUUGAAAUCAUUUCAUCGAGAUUAGAGAAACUAAAGGAUUAUUUCCACAAAAAUAUUAAAAAUAUCGACCUCCCAAUUCAAGAGUAUAAAAAAGAUUACAGUACUCGAGUAUACUUAUUACCAUCUACUUUGUAUAAAAUAUCAAUAAAACCAACUACUAAAUCACAAAAUGGUUCAGAAUCUAUUGCUCAUAUUGAAACUCGUAGUACAUUAAGUUUUGAAUUUGAACCACAUUUAAUAGUUGGUGAUGAUGAUUCAACAAUAAAACUUGUAAUCCCAUCACUCAUAAAUAACACAGUAAAUAGUCUUCUCAACAUUGUGGUUAAAGGAGGAUUAAUGUGUGAACAAGGCACGAUUUUAGAAUCAACUCUUGAGACUGAUGUUGGACUUGAAUAUCAUGAAUCAGCGUGGCUUGCUGCUUCUUUUGCAACUCGCAAAAAAGUAAAUCGAAUAUUCGUGGUUGGAGAUGGUCAGAGCUAUAAUGGAAAUAUAAAUUGUCCACUCCAUAAAGAGAUCUCGUACGUUAUUGUGAUUGUAGUGUAUGAAAGUAAUACAAUAAAAUCGAUCAUUUGGAAGUCACCGUCAUUUACUGUGGGUACGAAUGCCAAAAAGUCUUACAUUUUGUAUUGGCUCAUUCCAUUACUGCUACUCCUCAUUGUUUUCACUGGGCUUAUAUAUUUUUAUGUAAAAAGAGGCGCUUCGACUGCUAAAUCCGAUCGUUUCUUAGUACGUCACUUAAACAAGAAAGUAGAGAGUGUAAAUCGAAUACAUACUGUAUCUCCUGACAUGUUGGAUCAUCAAGAGCUCAUAUCAUUAAACCCUUCAACUUCUAUUGAAGAACUAAGUUCUUUUACACCGUUCUCGGCAAUAAAUAAAAAUUUUUACAACAGAAAUUAA